ACAUCAUCACAAGAUGAGGUCUCAUAUUACUUGCACGCCAACAUAACCUAGGGGCAUUAAAUUUAUAUUAUACCGAUAAUGGCUGGGCUUUCGGUUUCCACUGCCAAACGAAGCGGUAAAGAUUUUCCUGAUCAAGUUCUCAGCUCGGACGAUUUGGAAGAAAUCCGUCGAAAUUGGGACGAGGAAGAGAGCGAGGUGGAAGAAUUUGUAAACGAUUCCAAAGGUCGUCGUCAAAAUCUCUCCUCGUUGAUUUCGGGAAACGCGAGUGCUUCCUCAAGCCAUGGAGUGCCAACGUACUCUUUGCACUCAGUGCAAGUGGCAAAGAGUCUCUGUCUGUUUGUUUGCUUUUUCGGAUUGGUGAGCUUGUAGUUAUGAAUAUAGUUAGUGAUACUGUAUAAAAUAGUUUAACCGAAGACUGCUGACGUGUGAUCCCUUUCGAGUCCACAGAAUUUACUCGUAGGAGAGCGCUUUGUGCACAGGCAACCUAAUUGACAUUAGCUACUGAUCUAGACAAACAGAUCCUUGGGCUUAUCUGAUUCCUCCCAAAGAAAUUUUGUCUACUCAGCAAAGUUGAUUAUAAAAGAUUGAAACAAAAAGCAAAAAGAUUAAAUAUACAGAUAAAUCAAUGAAUGAAUUUUACCAUGGUUUGGUACAUGCAAAUGCUGCACUCUCUAUUCUAGUCAUGGUAGUUUGCCUCAGUAAGAGAUACUGUGAUCCACAAGUUAGAUGGCUGGACUGCUACUGAUUUGCUUGAAUUUGAGGUCCAGACUGGGUCAAUUGAGACAUGCAUUCUACUGUCACUAUGCCUGUCUGUACCCCAAGGGAGGAAAAAGGGCUAAUGCUUCUCUUCACACAGUGGGAGAAGUAACUGGAUGAGCAUAACAGUUCUGUUUUUUUCUCAACAGGGAAUAUCUGUGGCCAUUUUGGGACCCACUUUGAUAGAACUAGCAUGUCAAGCUCAAACAGAGUUGGAAAAAAUGUCAUUUGUGUUCACUGCUCGGGCCAUUGGCUAUCUGAUAGGAAGCAUUGUGGGUGGUUGGUUAUUUGACAGGUAUAAUGGGCAUUUGGUUUUGUCCUUAUCAUGUGUUUGGGCAGCAGUGAUGAUGUGGGCUCUGCCUUACGUUACCAGCCUUACUGGUCUUCUUCUUGUCGUGGUACUUAUGGGCUUAGCCCUUGGAUCAGUGGACACUGGUAUGUAAACAUUUUUAUGAUUCAUAAUACUGUAAUGAUUUGAUGUAGUGCCUUAGUUCCAAUGAGUGUCCCCUCCCUAAUAAGGGCGCCUAUUUUAAUAAGUACCCCUACUGAGUAUUAAGUACCCUCAUUCCAUUAAAUGCCUCCAAUCUGUUUCAGUGAUAGCACCACUAGAAACCUGCACAUUUUGAGUUCAAACAUGGUUUAUCUUCCUUUAAUUGCUUACAAAAGCCACUGACCAUAAAUAUUGAGAAUCUGCCCUUAGUUGCAUGAACCUUUUUCAAAAAGUAUUCCAAAAAGUCCUAAUUUGCUUUGCUUACUGCAAAAAAUUGAGGAGUUCAAAAUAUGCCAAUUGACGGCCAUUGUCCCCUCUGUAAAACAGAGAAAAAUCAUGCAACUUUGGUAACUUUGUAUGACACAAUGCAAGGCAUUGCUGCUUUCAAAUGGUUAUUAUUUUCUUUGUAAAAAUAUAAAUCUAUUGUCAUGUUCUUACCUUUUAAGUCUUCAUAUUGACCUCUUGAAAUAAUGGACUUGGUUUCAUUUUUGUAAAGGUAAAAUGAAGGUCAAGUUUGUAGGCCUAUGGUAAGGUCUGCCAUAUGUAUUUACAAAUCAUAAUAUAUAUUAUCCUAAAGCUUUAUCCUUGUGGUUUAAUUCCUCAAAUUCCCUUUCUUGACCUGCCAUAAACAACAUGUUCACUGGUUGAAAAGAGUUUGGGCUAUAAUAACAAAAAUGCAAUGCGAAAGGCACUGAACAGCUGUCACAGCCUAUUUAAAGGCCAUUCCUAAAACCUUAUUACCAAAACAGUGGCCUUUAUCUCAGUCUUAACUAUUAUGUCUGUGUGAGUGCACAGUUUCUUCAUUGGAAUGAUCUAAUCUUAAUAUCUUGCAACAAUUGCAUGGCUGGUUGUUAUUAAGCAAGGAAGGAUCCAGGGACAAAAGAUCCUUUUGAAACAAACAUAAACUAGCUUUGUUGUACACAUUGUGUCAUUUCUCAAAAAAGAAAUUGGUGCCCUGUCCAUAAUGAGCACUGUGUUGCAAACAAGCACCCAACCCUUUAGGUACCAAAAACAAAUAAGUGCUCUGGGUGCUAAAUCAAAUCAUUAUGGUAUUCAUUUAUUUUUAAACUAUUUUUGAAUGGUGCGCAAGUCAUUGAGACCAGCAUGCAUGAGGGAGAAGUGAGUUUUUUUUAACUCAUGCUAUUUUGUGCUCCAAUGGAGUCCUGAAACUCUCAAAUUGAGUAGAAAUAAUGCAUUUUUUGCCCUUUUUGGGCCAAAUGGGAAUAAAAUGUAUCCUGCUCUUACUCUUGUUACCCUUGAAAAUUCUGUUUAAUCCAGCCAUCAUGAGUUAUUUAUUCUUGACUUAACACUUUGAGCCCUAAGGGUGACUAGCAUCUAAUUUGUCCUUAUAAUAUCACCAUUAAUUCAUACAUUAAGGUCAUGAUAAGAAAGGAAAUAAUCACCAAAUAACAAAACUCUUGAUUGGUACACAAAUUCUCCUUAUCAGCUCCUUAGGAAAUGUAUAGAAAACAGUUUGGAGAAUAUGCAUACUGAUGUUAGGGUGUAAAGGGUUAACUAUUUGAAUUUUACUGUGUCCCACAGUGGCCCUACCUUUUUAAGUUUCAGAUUUUAAUAUAAAGGUCUUGUUGAAAAUAUUCAAGGAAAUGAAAUAAUUUUUGGUUACAUUGUAUUUUUUAAGCAUUUUGUUUUCUAUUCUGCUUGUUACCUGAUGGUGAAGAAGAAAUUGAAAUGACUUAAUUUGACCUAAAAUUUACUAGUGGUAAAUAUGCUACAGACUAUAUGAGUGAACAUUCAACAAUUAUUCCACAAGUUUGCAUUGGAUAUGAGAUGAUUAACAACCAAGGAGGCUCAUAGGGCCAAGUUGGUGGUAAUCAUCUUAUAUCCAACAAUUUUGAGUGGAAUAAUUGUUUUAUUAAAAACACCCCAAAAUAGAAUUAAAUCUUCCUAAUUUAAUUUAAUGGAAUGUUAACAAUAUACAAACACACUUUUGGCUUAGCUUGUCUCCAUGCACAAAAAUUGUCUAAUGGCUCAUAAUCCAUGAUGGCUAGGCCAAUCAAAACUCUUGAAUUACAUUAUCUAAUGAUCCAGUAUUUGAUAAAGAGUGAUAGACCAUCAGCUCAGAGCUAACAUUGCCUUGGCUUAAUUUAGCCCUUUUGUGAUAAGUGAACCACACUUUAUGCAUUUCCUUUUACAAGGAAAUUUGAAAGAGUUGUGGGUAGCUAUUGUACUAGUACAAAGAAAAACACACCAAAAAUAAAUAAAUAGAUAAAUAAAUAAACAAUAAGCAAAAAUAAACUAACAAAGAGACAGACAAAUCUGUCAGUGAUCUUCCAUACACAGGCUUUUAUGAUGUAAAAACAUCCAUAAAUUAUCUCAACUUUUACCCCCCUGAGAGUGACUAGCAUCUAAUUUCAUCUUACAAUAUCACUGGUGAAUCAAACAUAAAGGUUAUGGGAAUAAAGGAAAUGAUCAAUGUGUGAAGGAGCUUUUGACUGAUUAAUAAAUUCCUCUCGACAAUACAAUAGGAUAUGUACAGAGAGGAUAUAUACAGAGACCAGUGACUUACAUCUAAUUUCAUCUUACAAUAUCACUGGUGAAUCAAACAUAAAGGUUAUGAGAAUAAAGAAAAUGAUCAAUACGUGAAGGAGCCCUUGAUUGAUAAAUCAAUUCCUCUUGACAAUACAAUAGGAUAUGUACAUAGAACGGUGAGGAGAAUCUGCAUGCUGAUAUUAGGGUGUAGAGGGUUAAUCAAAAGGGCUCUUCUCCAACCGCUUAAAAUAACUCUUUUUUAUUAUAUCACUGACAGUACCCUUUGUCAAUAUGAAGCGAAUCCAAUGUUCUGAUUGGCUAACCGAGCGAGCAAGAUGAGCCCAUCGUGCCCACUCGAGAUAUACCGCUGAGAUCCCAUGCGCGACAGAAAAUUCCUUGGAGCGAACUUAAAAAAAAGUUCGUAGUUUUUGGACAGUAUCGGUGGUAGAGUAAAGCGGUAGAAGACAAUCAAAGUAGAGAAACAUGCGAGACUCUCCAGAUGGCUUUCUUUUCCGUCUCUCGAAAUAAACAUGUCACUCUUUAUUCUUAAUGAAUCGAAGCUUUUUUCUAAAUGAUAAAUCCUUUGUUCUGUCAAGAUAGCUGGAUAAUAGCCUCUUUUUUGGAGGGCGUUUUAUGGACCUCGACUUCGUGUCGGUCCGUAAAAACGCGAAAAACGCUCUCGGUCAGUAUCCAGCCAUAUUGACCUCACACUUGGUCAAUAACGUUUAUAACUAAUGGUACCUCCCUCUAGGACAUCAUGUGAGUCCAAGUGCCAAUGCAAUGCUCUCUUGGUUAUGUUUUAAUGUUUUUCCAUUGCAUUUCAGGUGGCAAUGUUCUCUUACUGAACACGUGGGGUAAAAAAUCAAGGCCUUACAUGCAAGCUUUACAUUUUGUAUUUGCGUUCGGGGCAUUUGUAGCCCCUCUUAUAGUGCAGCCCUUUCUUGAAGAUAGAACAACGAGCUUAAACAAUACCGCUAGCAGCACUAAUGGCACAAACAGCACAAACAGCACCAAAACUGACAACCUGGUCUGCAGCAAUCAAACUGGCGAAAGCACAAUGCCUGUCACGUGGGCCUUUUGGCUCGGAUCUAUUCCACUCGCUGCAACUAGUGUUGGAUUCAUGGCUUUUGUUGUGGUUAAAGCCUGUCAUGUACAAAAUAUACAGACUCAGAAUGAAGAUACUUCUAAAACCAACCAGGGCAGUGUGAUGUACAAAGUGGUAAUUCUGUCCCUAUUUUCAGCUUUCCUCUUGCUCUACGUGGGCAUGGAAGACGCCUACGGAGGCUACAUUUUUACGUUUGGCGUCACAAGCGAGCCGAGAUUGUCCGACGACAAAGCCGCGUUCCUUACGUCCGCGUUCUGGGGAAGCUUUGCCCUGGCCCGGCUGGCAUCUGUACCCUUGGCAAGAUACUUGAGACCCUCGAAGAUGAUAUGUGUUGACAUGAUUGGCUGCUUCAUUGGAUCAGCAGUGCUGGUCUCGCAGUUCACCCAUGGCCAGUGUGAUAGAUCCCAAUCCACAAAGCUAUGGACAGGAACAAUUAUUUUAGGCGUUUCUAUGGCGUCGAUUUUCCCUUCGGCUAUAAACUUUGUAGAGUAUUUUGUAACAGUUUCGGGUAAAACGGCUUCUGUUCUUUUAGUUGCGUCAAGUUUUGGAGGUAUGCUCGUUCCUUUAGCAGUAGGGCACACAAUUGUUGAAUCGUCUGUAGGACCGUGUUCUCUGAUGGCCUGCUCUCUCGUAAUCAGCGUGUUGUCAUUUGUAAUAUUUUGGUUGAUUAAGGGGGCCGGUCGUUAUUUUAAGCGUCAUGGGGACGGAUUUGUGGGGAUGCGUUUUCAAGCAAAGCAGAAAAAUGAUGAGGAGGUAAGAAAACGCCAACCCGACGAAGUUUUGCAACUUCUGGAAGAGAACAAUGAGAGAUUCAAUGGCAGUCAGGAUAGAGAAACUUGAGGCUUCUUCUUUACAAUGUGUAGUUUUUUUUUAAAGUAAUAUUUUAAACCACCUUUAGAUUGUGUCAAAAAAAGCGACGAAACCAAAGGAAUCAGAAAUAAAUGACAAACAACAUUAACAUCGCCAUAGGCCGACGAGAACUCAUAAUAGCUCUAUGUGAAUCGCCUCAACAGGGAGAAAUUGUUCUUCGCAGUUGUUUCAGUAUUGUCUCCGAUUGGUUAAGAUGGUUUUAGUGAGUAUCCUAGAUGAAUCAGAGCGCGCAGCGGAGGAAAUGCAGUGCAAUCUGGAAAAAAUUGUCAUUAGGUAUACGAGACAUUGUGCGAUAAAAAUUUGUCACGAGUUUAAAAUAAGUUGUUUCAAGUUUCUAGGUUUUUGGACAUGCGAUUUAACAGAAUACACUAUAAAGCGUGUAAUAGACUGGUAAAUCCAUCCAAAUUGACUUAAAUGAGUAACACCAAAAUACAUGUACCUAAGUCACCUUUUUGACGUUCUUUGUUGUAACUCAGCGUAUUCUAACAAGAAGACAACGAAAUUACAACUCCGUCAUUCCCGAAUCGGAAGAGAAUAUUGGUUUAUUAGGCACUAAGUCUUGCG